CUACCCAACCGCCGGCCACCCCACACGUAGGUGGAGUAUGAGGCGGUCAUUGGCAUCGAGUGCCACGUGCAGCUGCUGACGCGGACCAAGGCCUUUUGCGGCUGCGCCUCGGAGUUCGGGUCGGAGCCCAACAGCAACGUGUGCCCCGUGUGCCUGGGACACCCGGGCACGCUGCCGGUGCUUAACGCCGAGAUGGUGACGCUGGCGGUUCGCGCGGGCCUGGCCCUGGGCUCCGACAUCGCGCGCGUGUCCAAGUUCGACCGCAAGCAGUACUUCUACCCCGACCUGCCCAAGGGCUACCAGAUCAGCCAGUACGACGAGCCCAUCUGCAGCGGUGGGCGGCUGGAGGUGGAGGUGGACGGCGUGAUGAAGAGCUUCGGCAUCAUCCGUGCUCACCUGGAGGAGGACGCGGGCAAGAUCGUGUACGCGGGCGCGGACCGCCUCAGUGGUGCCGACUACAGCCUGGUGGACUACAACCGGGUGUAUGGCACGCGCGUGGAGAUCAAGAACAUGAACAGCUUCAGCAACAUGCAGAAGGCCAUUGACUUUGAGAUCGACCGACAGGUGUCGCUUCUGCGUUCCGGCCGCGGCUCGGAGAUUGUGAUGGAGACGCGGCUGUGGGACGAGAUCAAGCUGGUCACCAACACCAUGCGCAAGAAGGAGGGGCUCACCGCCAACUGGAUCCAGGGCGACAUCAUGGCCUACUGCAAGGAAAAGAAGACGGGCAUGGACGGCCUGGGCAUCACCCCCGCGGCGCUGUGCGACAUGAUUGGCCUGAUUGAGGACGGCACCAUCAGCGGCAAGAUCGCCAAGGACGUGCUGCCGGAGCUGCUGGAGGGCAAGGGCAACAAGGGACGAGGGGAAGGGCAAGAAGGGUGAGGGGCUGGGGUGGAGGGUGUGGGGUGGAGAUU